CCGGCCAGAAGGGGGAGAGGUUCGGCAAAGUCCGGAACCGCUCGGCAAUGGCCGGAGGCGGCUGCUGAGGCGGGGAGCGGCUGCCGGCUCGCUCUGCCCCGUUCGGCGCAAAGGGGCAUCGUGGGGUGGGCGCCGCCGGCUCAGCCGCCAGUGAGGGGAAGGGGCGCGAUGCUGGCCGACAGCCUGGUGGAGGAGUUCGAAAUCCGCGAGGAUGAGCCCUGGUACGACCAGCAGGACCUGCAGCAAGAUCUUCACCUUGCUGCUGAGCUUGGCAAGACACUACUGGACCGUAACACUGAACUAGAAGAAUCCUUACAGCAAAUGUAUGCAACAAAUCAAGAGCAAUUGCAGGAGAUAGAGUACCUCACAAAGCAAGUGGAGCUCUUGCGGCAGAUGAAUGACCAGCAUGCCAAAGUCUAUGAACAGCUGGAUGUGACAGCAAGAGAACUGGAAGACACUAAUCAAAAACUGGUUGCAGAGAGUAGAGCUUCACAACAAAAGAUAAUAAGCUUGACAGAGACUAUUGAAAGUCUACAAACACACAUAGAUGACCUGCAGCGACAAGUAGAAGAACUGAAGAAGCCUGGACGAGGCCGGAUGAGCCAGGAGAGAUCUGAGCAGCCAAGAUCAAUGCACAGUUUCUCAUGCUUGAAGGAGCUCUACGACCUCCGCCAGUAUUUCGUUUAUGAUCACGUCUUUGCAGAAAAGAUUACUUCGAUGGAUAGUCAGCUAAGUCCUCUAGAAGAAGAAAAUGAGAAGUUGAAGAAGGCAGUGACAGUUCUGCAAGCCCAGCUGAACGUAGAGAAAGAGAAGAGGGUAACCAUGGAAGAGGAAUACAGUCUCAUGGUGAAAGAGAACUGUGAGCUGGAGCGGAGGCUGGUCGAUACAGACUUGUAUCGGGCUCGGGCAGAGGAGCUGGAAGCAGAAGUAGCUGAAAUGCGACAGAUCCUUCAGUCUGAAAACACGCUCCACAAUGCAGAGAAAUUGGUGCCAGAAUCCUUUUUCAUUUCAUUCAGGGAAUCUCUGGACAGGGAGCUUGGUCAGAGCCUGGCAGAUGAUGGACUUGUGACAGUAUCGGAGCUUGAGAAGAAGGCACUAAAACGGAGCAGCAGCGAGAGCCUCCUGAGCAGCGCGGCCGGGGCAGACAUCCUCAGGGGCCAUGAAGAAACCUGCAUCAGGAGAGCUGAGGCUGUGAAGCAGCGAGGGAUCUCUGUACUCAAUGAAGUUGAUGCUCAGUACAAUGCUCUGAAAGUGAAGUAUGAGGAACUUUUGAAGAAGUGUCAAAUGGAUGAAGAUUCUUUGAAACACAAGGCUGUACAAACACUGAAGCAGUAUUCCAAAGACCUAAACGUGGGGAACACCCAGUAUGAUCUUGCAGCUAGCAGUCAAGAAUUCACGAUUGCUGAGCUAAGUGACUCUUCCACAAAUGCUCCCCCUGAAUACAAAGCACUAUUCAAGGAGAUUUUUAGCUGUAUCAGAAAAACAAAAGAAGAAAUAGAUGAACACAGAGCAAAGUACAAGACUCUCUCCUCUCAGCCGUAACCUUAUCUGUUAGUCAAGAAAGCACUUCAUAUGAAUGUCAGAAGACCCCUUAAACUGAUGAGUUUCUUAAGCACUAAAAAUGAAUGUUUUGGAUAGGCUGGUAGCCCUGUAGUUAACAAGCUAGUUAGUUAUCAGCUAGAUUCCCUGUUCCUGUGUAGCAGUAGAUUUAAUGUUUAGCACUGUCACACAAACCAGUGGUUGUAAAGCAGACAAACAUCAUAGCUUUAUGCCACACUACUACUUCAUAUUACACUUCAUCUCUGGCCAGAGCAGUGACUGGCACUUGUUUCUUUAGUCCACUUCAGAAAUAACAGAGCUGAGAUCUCUGAAUGUCUCACAAGAACCAGACUCAAGCUCUCUUUGGGUUCACAGGGAUGAUCUAGCCCUGUGACUACACUGAUGGAGAAAAUGAACAAAAGCAAAGCCCCAGCCAGUCCCAGGGGCAGCAACUCCUCAGCUCCAGGAGGGGAGCAGUCCAGCUGAUCUUGCUUUGGCAGGGUGGUGGAAAGCUGUGCUUGCUUUAAGCUACUACCACGUUUUCACAAUCACUAGGCUCUCCCACAGAUUAGUAUAAAUGUCUUUCUACUAAGAAAGGAUUUGAUGUAAAGUUUGUGUGGCUUUUUAGAUACGGUUUCCUUUGUAGGGCACUUUGUCUUAAGGCAAGAUACUGUGAAUUGACUCUAUGUGUUACUUGGGACCUACGGUUCUCUGGUGGAAUGUCUGCAAAGUACAUUUUUAUGUGUAUUUGGUGAGUUAGAGAGUUGUUAUUUAGCUAUUUAACUUUAGAAGUAGCAUUGACAUAGUGGAGUAGUUUUUAAUGUUGCAUAUCACAAACUAAGUGCUUGGGGAGACAGGCCAGGUAAAACCUUACAUUGUUUUGUCUCUUGCUUCCAGUGUUGGCCUCUCUUAAUCUAUUCUAUGCUGCCUGGGGGCUGCCAGCACAAAUUCUACUGAAAAUGGGACCAUACUCUUGUUCUCCCUCUCCUUUUCCAUUCCCUAAUAGUAAUACUUAUACAAUACUUAGUUUCUGAAAAACAAUGAACAUGGAAAAGGUUGUUCUUCAGAACAUAGAGAAAUUAGGAGGAAGGAAGAAAGGCACAAUGAAAGGUGACAUCCUUCUCCUUGUAAAGGGUCUCUUAGCUUAAUGUGGCCAGCAGUUUUUGGGAAGCAGCUCCCUGCUGACUUGCUGCAAGGUACCAAACCCUUGACCCAGAAUGUUGACAGUUUCUCACCUUUAGUCCAGCUGCUGCUGCUGCAGCUCUGCUGCCUUACACUGUUCUCUGUUCUGCUCAUCCUUCAGGUGCAGUAUUAACACUUCAUGUUGUGGGAGUUUCUCUAAAACAUGUAUUGCAGUCUGAAAAUUAUUUAAAAAUGGGAAUCUGAAUCUUCUGAAUAUUUUUCUAAGCAAAUAAAUAAUCCAGUCAAGCUGCAUGUGUAAGUAGUAAUUAUAUCCAUCUGUGCCAAUCAGGAAACUGAACUUGGUUCAGCUGGCACCUGCAUUAUCUAGUCCUGCCACCUUUCCUACAGAGCUCAGAUGGAGUUCCCACAAAAUUUGUAUUUUAGAAGAGUUAUGCUACAUGGAAAAGAACAGACCUGUCUAGGACAGAAAUCCAGAUGGAAGUAAGUAGUUGUUCCUCAUUGUUGUGGUUUUUGUCAAUGCUGUUCAAAAACAAGCCAAGGGUGGGGAAAGCAGAAAAGCUGCUCUGCCAUGAGGUUUCUGUCAUGUCACUGUGUCCCUGCCACCUGCACCUGUCUCACCCCAGUUCAGAGACUGGAAACCAGCACCCUGAGAAAGACACAAAGUGAUUCACUGCCAGUGUUCCUCACCACUCUAGGGAUGGAGCAAACCACACCUGCUGGGCAGAAGCAGUUCCAGUGUGAGCAAGUGUGCCCGGGUGUGCAAGAGUGUGGGCGAGUGUGCCCAUGAACUGCUGUAGGUAUGGGGACAAUAUUCUUAGCCAAUCUUAUCUGGAUUAACUAUUUUAAUCUUCUUAUUUUGGUCAACAACUCAACUCAGCUUUUUCUGAGCAUAAGUAGAGGAAAUCAAUGGAAUCCCCUUUAGCUUCCCAUGUGCUGGGAGCUGCAGCAGAGAGCAGGAGCAGCAAUGCCCACAGCAGAUCCUCCUGCUGGUGCUGCAGGUGAGGCCAGUUCAGGAUAAGCCACCAGGGCUGGGUCCCUGUCCCUGCUUGCUGGGCUCCCCAGGGAGCUCAGGGACUGCACUCACUUGGCUCUCUGCCUCCAUCCUUCCUCCCCAAGCCUUCAGGAUGUAAAAGGAGCAGGUGCAGCUUCUAUUUCUUCUUGGACAAAUACAAGGCGGGGUAGAAUUGACCUUUGAGAUAAAAUUUUAUUUAAAAAUUACACAAAAUAGAGGUUUUACAUGGUUGCCGUGUGGUAACUACAGAUGGAUGCCUUCCAAAGGGUGCCCUCAGUUACUUACCUUGCUCUGUCACAUACAGUAAUGCACAAGGUCCCUCAAAUGAUCCCCACACCAGUAGAAGAAAUCCAGUAGCUGUUCCCCAUGUCUCAGAUGUAGGUACUUCUCCAAAUAACUCAUUUCACAGACAACAGGUGAGAACAAUGGUUAUGUAGUACAGAGUUCACAGACAGUGAUUUUGUUCCCCCCUCCCAGGCCUGACAUUCCCAUGAACACGACCACCUGCUCUCUAUGAAGAGGGCUGCAAGGGCUAUGACAAUGCUCACACUAAAGUAUGAGCAUCCAGGGAUUUAACAAAAACUGGGAUGUUUGUAAACAAAUUUAAUUUAUUGGCAUUACUUACAAAAUAAAGUUUUAGACCAUGAUUUU